GGACUAUUCUAAAGAUAAGGCCACAGUCACAGUGGAGCACACCGUCAGCACAGCACUCCUAGCUCAGAAACCUUUUCAUUUUCCUUCUCUAUCUCUGUGACUGUCUCUACUCUGUCUGUAACAGACUAUGUUACACUGUACUAGUGUACAGACUUUACAGAAUCGGAGAAGGAAAAUGAAAAUGUAACAAUGUGAAUGUCAGCUGUUGACACUGAUAUUGAUAUAUGUCUACAGUCAUCUACUCAUUAGCUCAUUGUCAGGCAUAAAAUUUUCAAUGUUAUUAAAUUUGAUAAAACUCCCAAAUAAAAGUGUUAAAGGUUUCAAAGGCGUUCCUUACAAUGGUUGAUGAAGCCAAAGACUAGCUAAAUGGAAGAUAUUAAAGAGUUUCACGUAGUGCCUCUGACACAGUCCAAAUAUUUAGUUCCAAAAAGUGUCUACUUCACACAGAAUGGAAAAAAGAGAAGGUGGGACUUUGUGACAGAGCAUUCAGAUGUCAAUGUGUUGUUAUUUAACACCAGUAAAAAUGUCUUCAUCUUAGUCAAACAGUUUCGACCAGCUGUCUAUCUUUACAAUGUGAAGAGUGCUGGUUCAGGAGUCAAGGUCAACACAGAGGUGUUCCCUGGCUCUCUUGGAGUAACAGUUGAACUCUGCUCUGGACUAGUAGACAAAGAAAACAAGAGCCUGGAGGAAGUGGCCCAGGCAGAGGUGCUGGAAGAAUGUGGCUAUUCAAUAUCAGUGGAUGACUUGCAGAAGAUCACAAAGUGUCGCAAUAGCAUUGGGCUUGUUGGCUCUGAGACAACUGUUUACUAUGCAGAAGUCACAGACGAGCAAAAGGUGAGUAGCGGAGGGGGACUAGCUGAAGAAGGAGAGCUGAUUGAAGUGAUUGAGGUGACAGUUGACGAGGCUCGUAAGCUCAUCUAUGAUGAGGCGGUGAACAGAGAAUCAGGCUUGCUGGUGGCACUACUGUGGUUUUUUAACAAAGUCUGGCCCCACAAAUGUGGCCAGGGACACUGACAAACAGCUUGGAGUAGAAACCAAUUGACCUCUAUUUACAGAAUAUAUUUUUAACUCAUGAGCUAUGUUAAAGUUGUGACCUAGCAUUUUACUGUUUGUUUGUUUUUCGCUGUUGUUCAUUUUUGUGGUUCAUCUUCACCUCUUUAAGAACAUAGAGCAAGAUUAUGUUGUUCAUGAAAUUGUUUAUUGUCAACAUUAUGGAUUUAGAUGUACAUCUUUUUUUUUUUUUUUUGAAAAGCUAAUAUUUUACUGCAGAAUGCAGGCUGUUAAGUAUUAACAAUGUUGCUAUAUUGUUUUUGGGGUGGAUACAAUUGUGGUGGUUUGUUGAAUACUAUAUAGUAGCCAUCUGUACCAUUGAUAUCUUUGAAAAAGUUUAACAAACAUUGUUAUACAAAUUUCUAUAAAUAAAACAUCUCUAAUUAAAUAAAGCCUCCUUUACACAAUCAGAGAUUUUCAUAAACCAAUAGCAUGCACAACUGGAAUAUGGUUAGAAAAACCCAGGCACUAUUAAAAAUAAUUUUAGAAAUUUCAUUAACUUCCAAUAAUGGAACAUAGCAAUUUCAGAACAAUGCUGCAUGAACAGUCCUAAGAAAAACAAAAUGUUAUUCUGUUUCAAAUGCUCUGUUAUACACACUCCAUUGGUUUCCAUUGAAUGCAAGAAUCGACUACAAGGUGACCACACUUUGUCAUCAGUGCAAAUACUUAGUGAAUUGAUCACUCUUUAUCCCUCAAAGAGCCCUGCCCUUCAAGAGCUCACCACAUCUAGUCGUGCCAUGAUUCCCCCUCAAAAGUUACGGUUAGGUGCCUUUUUCAGUGCAUAGACCAAAGGUUUGAAACUCACUCCCCAUUUAUUUCAGAUAAAUACAUGCUUCACUACAUUCAAGAACAUCAAGACCCUAACUGUUAAAAACUUUUUUGAGAUUAGUUUGUCAUUUUAACUCUCAUGUAUUUGUCUGUUAUGUUAUUGUAGCGUCUUGAGCCUAAUUUAUGCUUGUUCACAGCACUUUAUACAUUAAAUUAUUAUUAUCAAGUUAUUGUAAUCACACAUGGUUAGUUAUGUAAUUACAGUAUUUGACUAGGUGAUGCUACAGAAGGUGAUGCUACUUCUCUGUUCAGUUCUUUGAAAUACUCACACAUUGGCUUGUUGUAUUUCUUGGUUUUAUGGAUCACAUAUUGAUUGAACUAUACAUAUACCUUUGCCGUUUGUAUUGACCAUUUGUAGUGCAUUAAACACUGAGAAUAUGUACGGGCGUCUAUUCUGUACAUUUAGAAGUUGGACAAACUGACAGCGUGAAGUAAAGAUUUUGCUUUAAAUAGUCUGGGAAAUGAUUGAUUGUCCAGCUUAUUGAGAAUAUAUUUUAUUUCCUGUACUUUCUUUAGAUCGAAGUUUAAAUUUGUUUUUAAUUUACACUGUAAAAAAUGUAGCAUAAUUACAAAGAGCUUUGUCUUUGUAAUAAAUGUCUUGAACUAAAGAUGUUUUUUGUUUUUACAAAAGUACAGAGGUAACUUAAUUAAUUUAAAGCAAAUAACAUUGAAAUAAAUUAAAACUGUAAGACUUA